GAGAAUUUCAACUUUGCUGCCUAACCAGUUUGGAAGUGUAUAUGUUUCUCAUAUAUUUUUUCCUUCUUGAUCAUCAUUUCUAAAAGUCCCAGAAACUAUUUUGACCAUUGACGAUGGAAGAGAGUGGUAGUAGUGGAGAGGAGUCAAAGAAGCUGCAGCUCUACUCAUAUUGGCGGAGCUCAUGUGCAUUUCGUGUCCGCAUAGCUCUCAAUUUGAAAGGAGUGGAAUAUGAGUACAAAGCUGUUAACUUGCUCAAAGGAGAACAAACCAACCCUGAAUACUUGAAGCUGAAUCCCCUUGGAUAUGUGCCGACGUUGGUGGAUGGAGAUGCAGUAAUUGCUGAUUCUUUUGCUAUCAUAAUGUAUCUGGAAGAGAAGUAUCCUCAGCGAGCGUUGUUGCCUCAGGAUCUUCAGAGAAGAGCAAUCAACUAUCAGGCAGCAAACAUUGUUGCAGCAAACAUUCAGCCUCUACAGAAUCUUGCUGUACUUAAGUAUAUCCAGGAAAAAGUUGGCCCAAAUGAGACAACCCCUUGGGUUCAAAAUCAUAUACGAAAAGGGUUUGAAGCACUUGAAAAGCUACUUAAAGAUUAUGCUGGAAAGUAUGCGACAGGAGAUGAAGUUUACAUGGCCGACUUAUUUCUGGCACCUCAGGUCCAUGCAGCAAUCAAGCGCUUUGAAGUUGACAUGAAUCAAUUCCCCACCCUGUUGAGGGUAUUUGAGGCUUACCAAGAGCUGCCUGCUUUCCAGGAUGCUUUGCCAGAAAAGCAGCCUGAUGCUACUGCCUGAGGCAAGAAUCUCAGUCUAUCCAUCUCCUUGAAAGUUCCCUUCUCAAACCGGUGACAUAACUGCUGGACUUGCAUUUCGGAGAAUUGUUAGCUUUUUGCUGCAUAUUCUAUUUCUAAAGGCAUUAUGACAAGGAUGAGGAUGGCGUCUGGUUCUUUCACGUUAGAUAAGAAAACUGGUGUGCAAAUCCUUGCAUGCUUGGCACCUGUGCUUCUAGUAAUUUUUUCCCUUUUCCUCUGUAAACUGCUUUACUAUCAAUAAAAGUAUGUAUAGCUGUGUAAGAGAAUACUGAAGUUAAGACAGUGAAAUGGUAUUGUAUCUAUGUUAAGGAGCCUAGGAUAAAAAUUCAUCCAUCUGUGUUGUGA